GAAUGACGUGCCAAGCUCGAAGCUCCUACAUCACCAGUGAGAUCCUGUGGGGUUACCGGUUCACACCAGUCCUGACACUGGAGGACGGGUUCUAUGAAGUUGACUACAACAGCUUCCAUGAGACCUAUGAGACCAGCACCCCGUCCCUUAGCGCCAAAGAGCUAGCCGAGCUGGCUAACCGGGCAGAGCUGCCCCUGAGCUGGUCUGUGUCCAGCAAACUGAACCAACAUGCAGAACUGGAGACGGAAGAGGAAGAGAAGAACCCGGAAGAACUGACAGAGAGGAACGGUGAUGUGGCAAACCUAGAGAAUGAGUCCAAAGUGUAGACCCAGCUGGGUCAGCUUCUCCCACUCAGACAUGACCCCUCCUUGUAGGUCCAGCUGGGUCA